AUGUUGUUCCUAGCAACAGCUUUUUUUUUUCCCUACGAAAUGUCAACCACCACUAAAUCUGCUAUACUAGAAAGACUAGAGAGGUUAAAGGAGGAAAGGAGGGAGGCACAGAAGGCAAACAAGCAAGAGGCGUUACGAGAUGCAAAGAAAGGACUAGCUGGGAAGAACGAAAGCGAUGAGCCAACAUCCCAUUUAGACUACACUAUAGAGGAGACUGAAAAGUGGGAUCUUAAACAGAGCCAGCGAAAAGGUCGUCGAGAUGGGACGGCGAAUAUGGAUGAUCUAGCAGAGCUGACGUAUUAUAAGGAUAUCCAAGGAUUGAAAAUCGAUAAAGAAGGUUAUGAAAAGCAAAAGGGUGGUACACCAGAUGCCAAGACCGAGCUUGUCAACAUCCUUGCCGCUAACAACGAACGAAAAACAAAGAGAAAACGUAAAGAUGCAGAUGUCGAUAGUUUUAUUAAUGAAAAGAAUAGGCAGUUUAAUAUGAAAUUAAAUAGACAGAGCAAAUGA